AUGGCAUCAGUUCCAUUUCUGCCGCAGCACUUGAAUCCGGAUGAAGAGCGCUGUAUAGAGCUAUCUGCGUUGUACGGGCCGCGCGGCCAUGCUGGCUCGUUUGCAAUUCCGCGGCGCAUUACAUCGCCUAUCAAGCGAGUCGCACGGCUAUGUAAAGUUAGGACUCUUUAUCUGGACCUGCAACGCGUUAGAUCGCGAGCCAGGUCUCGUUGGUCAAGAGGCUGCUACCAACUGCUCUGGUUUCUAGCUCUUGAAUUCGCACUUUUGCUCACCGUCAUAUUUAUUUUGGUUUCGAUCAGCGAGGCUAUUCUCUACCCGUCCUAUCAAAAUCCACCCAAGCACUACGAGAAGCUUCGUCGAAGAAUCCUGAAUACAUAUCACUCCGGCCGAGGCAACGUGAAUAACGAAAAAGUGUUCAUCGCCGCGAAUAUCAUCAAUGAAGAGCUGAUUCGGGGCCCGUGGGGUGCUGCCUUGGUGGAGUUGAUCGAGGUAUUGGGCGAGGAGAAUGUUUUUGUCAGCAUCUAUGAGAAUGACGGUGGAAAUGGGACGAGUGCCGCACUCCAAGAGCUCCGUCAGAGGCUACCAUGCAACUCUUCCAUCGCGGCCGGUGCCCAUUUACCUCUCUCUCAACCUCCCACCGUGAUAUUGCCAAAUGGAGAACGGAGAAUCAAGAGAAUUGCUUAUCUGGCAGAGGUACGCAACCGGGUCCUUCGGCCACUGGAUCCUUUUUACAACCUGGAGGGCAACACAGACGGCUUCCGGCGCGCAUUGAUAAGAUUUGACAAGAUCCUUUUCUUAAACGACGUUUACUUUUCCCCAAUUGAUACAGCACAAUUGCUGUUUUCGACCAACGUCAAUGCAGAAGGGCGCGCGAACUACCGCGCGGCGUGUGCUAUCGACUUUAUCUCUGCAAUCAAAUUCUACGACACCUUUGUGGUGAGAGAUGCUGAAGGCUACGAGAUCGGCACGCCCUUAUUUCCUUGGUUCUCAACCGCCGGCACCGCUAAAAGCCGAAGGGACGUCCUCGCCGAAAAGGAUGCCGUGCGAGUUCGGAGCUGCUGGGGCGGAAUGGUAGCAUUCGAUGCCCAGAGCACGUUUCAACGGCCAUUGAUGACGACGACCACGUCUCGAGGUCUUGCGCACCAACCACUCUCACUCCUGUUUCGGCACGAGCCCGAAUUAUUCUGGGAAGCCGCAGAAUGUUGUCUGAUAUUUGCGGAUUUGGAACGGCGGCUGGGCAAGCCGGACGCCGAUACGGGCUCAGAGGUAUUCGUUAACCCGUAUGUCCGUGUCGCUUAUUCGCGUAUAAUCUGGGAAUGGAUGCGCUUCGUCCAGAGGUAUGAACGAGGUCUGGUGAAUUUCCAGCGCAUUGGGAGUGCGAUCGGUUAUCCGAGGUAUAAUCCGCGCCGACUCCAUGAUCCCGGUCAACUUGUUAGAGAAAAGGUUUGGGUCGCCGAUGGCUCGAAACCAGAGAACGGAUCCUAUCAGCUGAUUGAGCGAUCAGCCUCCCCCGGUGGAUUUUGCGGAGAAAGAAGAAUGUUUGUGAUGCAGAAAGAUGUGGAAAUUGCAAAUAGAUACGGAGGUGGGAAGAAUUGGGAAGAGAUACGGAGUACAAGCUCCUUGAUGGAACCAACAGGGAUCGCUUGA